AUGAGCGCCAAAACUCCAGCCCAGGUGCUUGAGACACUGCGUCGCCUGCAAUCGAGCAAUGAGCUUUCCAUCAUCAAACUCAGUGAAUCCAUCUCAAAUUCUACGCCGAAUGACACCCUUCAGCGCAUCUCUGACGCGUCCAACACGUCGCUUGACGGACCUUCCCCCACGAGCCUGGACGCAGACCUGAUUCACUACAAAGAACUCUUCGCCAAGCUCCGAUUUUCCUAUGUCGAGCAGGUGACCAAGGAGAAGUUUAUCCGCGCCAUCGUAGGGGAUCCGCCUCUCAUCGUCACUCUUCAGGAGAACCUGGAUCUGGAACGAGAAAAUGCCGAGGCGAAAGCGCAACUCAAGAACCUCAAACUGGAGGUGGCAGAUCUGGUGUCUGACUUGGAAAAGAGGGGGCGGGACCUGAGCAAGCGGUACGAAAACAUUCAGCUGGAGACGGUGCGCUUGGAAGAGCUGCCAGCCAAGAUUGUCGAGUUGGAGAGCCGGAUCAAGGAGCUCAAGGACAAGCAUGAAUCUUCAGAGUCGGAUCCAAACCUCCGACUGCCUCUCACAAAGACGCUUGGCCUCGUGUCGAAGCGGAAGGCAGAGCAGCAAGAACUUGCGCGUGAGCUCGAGGCGCUGCAGGCCAAGGUUCCCAGAAAGAGAAAGGAAGCAGAGAGGUUGCAAGCCGAGCUGCAGCCUUUGGAGGUGAAACGCCAAAGCAGCACCACGGCUGCGCGUGAGGCUCGCAGGAGAAAGGAGGCGGCUCUUGGCGGAGUUGCCGAUGACCUUGAGCAGAGAGCUCGAUGGUGGAGGGCAAGUGAGAGUAUGUUGAAGCAAGUCCUCGAUAUCAACACAUGA